ACUCGUAUGUUAAUUGGUAGAUCAAUAAAGUUGUUACUGACGUGGCAUGUAAAGACUUACAACUGUUGUGUAAUCUCACCUUUUCAAGCCACAAGUUUGUGGCAACAUUCUAAAAGAUUACAGAACAGGAAUCUUUUUUGUUUGAAACAGUUUGGGACGGAUAGGUUAAGAGAGAUACUAAGAAUACCAAGCGCUACAAUGCCUCAAAAAUCCAUUGCGUCAUUUUUCGGCAGCAAACCGUCGAAAAAAUCUCCACCUGCAACUUUACAAAACAAAAGUUCCACCAAGCAGGAAAAUGUGAAGUCUCCUUUAAAAAAUUCGCCUUCGAAAAAGUCACCUUCAAAAAAAUCUGCUUCGGAAAGUUCUCCUGUAAAACUUCUUCCCUCAGAAAAUUCUCCUGUUAGUUCACCGAAAAAGUCAGUUCCGAAUCCGAAAAAGAUAAAAAACAUAGAGUCACCUGUGAAGAUAAAAAAGAGGAAAGCACAAGCUUUGAUCUCGGAUUCAUCUGAAGAAGAAAUGGAUGCCGUCGAAAGAUCAAAAACUCCUCCUCCCAGGAAGUCACCUUCCUCAACAAGGAAAGUUAAUCUUAACCAGUUUAAGGCAAAAGAAUCUGGGAGCGAUUCUGAUGGAGUUCCGAAUCCACCACGUGAUGUUAAAGUUACUCCUAAUGGAACGGUGAAAAGAAAAACUGCUCGUAAAAGUUUCCAAGCUUCAAAACGUUUGAAGAUGAACGGGAAUUCAAGUCCGGAGGAAAACGAGAUGAAAGAUGAAGUGAAAGAGGAGCCGGGUAAAGAUAAAGAGGUGGAAGAUGAGAGCAUGGAAGUAGAAGCAUCUGAUGUACAAGAAAGUGGUGAAAGAGAGGAAAAUAAUGUCACUGAGUCGAUAAAUGAAGGAUCAAACUCUGACUCGGAUCACAAAGUUACACCUGACACUUCUUCAAAGAAGACUAAACCGAAAUCUCCAAAACAUGAGAGCUCAUCUGAUAAAGAGGCUAAAACUGAAGUAUCUCCAAAUAAAACUAAAAGUCCUGCAUCCCAAAAGAAGACAGCAGUAAAGAAGUCACCCAACACAAAUUCCAAGUCAAAAAAAUCGACAAAAACAUCGCCGAAAAAAGAAAAACAAGACUCAACACCAGCCGCAAAACCACCCAAGAAAUUUUCCAGCUUCUUCCAGUCCAAAGAUGUUGCUCCUGAAGAUAAUGAUGAGAAGAAGAUCAAACCAGAUGCAUAUAAUCCUGGAAGGAAGAAUUAUCAUCCAGUGGAUCAUGCUUGUUGGGAAAAUGGAAAAAAAGUACCAUAUUUGGCUCUCGCAAGAACUUUUAGUCUCAUUGAAGAAACCUCUGGAAGAUUAAGGACGAUUGAAAUUCUAAGCAACUUUCUUCGAAGUGUGAUCGCUCUGUCUCCCAAUGAGCUGAUAACUUGUAUAUACCUCAGUCUCAAUAAACUUGCACCAGCUUAUGAAGGAAUUGAGCUUGGCAUAGGAGAAAACUUGCUUAUGAAAGCAGUUGCCGAGGCAACAGGCCGCAACAUCGCUAAAAUUAAAGUUGAUGUCGGCAACACUGGAGAUUUGGGACUUGUAGCUGAGAACAGCAGAAGCAACCAGAAGAUGAUGUUCACACCAGCUGCUUUAACUGUAGAUGGCGUGUUUAAAAAACUGAAACAGAUUGCAGCAAUUUCUGGAGGCUCGUCCAUGAGCCAGAAAGUUUCCCUUGUUAAAAGUUUGCUGGUUGCAUGCAAACAUUGUGAAGCAAGAUACUUGAUGAGGUCCCUUGGUGGAAAACUGAGGAUUGGUUUGGCUGAACAAUCAGUCUUAGUUGCAAUUGCUAAUGCAGCGUAUUUGACACCACCAGGACAAGAUUUUCCGCCCGCUAUUAUAAACGCUGGUGAAAAAAUUCCUGCCGAAACUUUGAAAUCAAAAAUGGAUGAAAAGGCUCUUAUUGUGAAGACUACAUACAGUGAACUUCCAAACUACGAUAUUGUUAUCAAAACAAUGCUUGAACAUGGGGUGGAUAAGUUGCCAGAUCACUGCAGACUUACACCAGGUAUUCCACUUAAGCCAAUGUUGGCACAUCCAACAAAAGGUGUUUCUGAAGUUUUUAAUCGUUUCGAUAAAAGUGAGUUCACAUGCGAAUACAAAUAUGAUGGAGAGCGUGCACAGAUACAUCUACUUGAAGGGGGAGAGGUUCGGAUAUACAGCAGAAACCAGGAAAAUAACACAUCCAAGUACCCAGAUAUUAUCUCAAGAGUUCCAGCAAUGCUAAAGGAUGAAGUGACAUCGUGUGUUAUUGAUUCAGAAGCAGUGGCAUGGGAUACAGAUAAGAAGCAAAUCCUACCCUUCCAGGUGUUAAGUACCAGAAAAAGGAAAGAUGCUGAUUUAUCAACAAUUAAAGUGCAAGUUUGCAUUUAUGCGUUUGAUCUGCUGUAUCUUAAUGGAGAGUCACUUGUUCGGAAGUCAUUUCGUGAAAGAAGAAAAUUACUUUUGGACAAUUUCAACGUUUGUGAUGGACAGUUUGUGUUUGCUGAGUCACAGGACACAACAGAUACUGACAAAAUUGCAGAGUUUCUUGAAGAAUCAAUUAAAGGUAACUGUGAAGGGUUGAUGGUAAAAACAUUAGAUGACGAUGCCACGUAUGAGAUCGCAAAGCGUUCACACAACUGGCUGAAACUAAAAAAGGAUUAUUUGGAUGGAGUAGGCGACACACUUGACUUGGUAGUGAUUGGUGGUUAUAAAGGCAAAGGUAAAAGGGUUGGUAAUUAUGGAGGGUUCUUGCUUGCUUGUUAUGAUGAGGAAAGUGAAGAAUAUCAAACUAUUUGUAAGAUUGGUACUGGAUUUUCGGACCAGAACUUGGCAGAUCAUGCAAUUUUCUUUAACCAACAUCUGAUUGAUCAACCAAAAUCAUAUUAUAGAUUAAAUGGUAGUGAUGCUGAUCAAUGGUUUGAACCAGUUCAGGUUUGGGAAGUGAAAGCCGCUGAUUUAUCUGUGUCUCCUGUAUAUGCUGCUGCUAAUGGAAUUAUUGAUCCUGAGCGCGGAAUUUCGCUACGUUUUCCUCGUUUUAUUCGAAUAAGAGAUGACAAGAAACCUGAAGAAGCAACCAACAGUCAACAGGUUGCUGAUCUGUACCACAAACAGCAGCAGAUUCAAAACCAGUUGAAAACAAAAGAUUCCAACAAAGAUGUUGAAUAUUAUUGAAUCUUUUAACUGUCAGACAUUAUCAGCUGUUUUAAAAUUACAAUUUCAAUAUGAACUGAGAUGUUAAAAAUUGCUGAAUGUUCUCACUGCCUGAUAUUAUUAGCUGUUUUAGAGAUACAGUGUCAAUAUGAACUGUGCUUAUAAUAAACCAAGCUAUUUACCUGUUCUAGUUUGGUUAGUUCAAUAUUUGUAUAGUGCGAAUAAAGUGCUGUGUAACAGUU